UUGUUGAAAAACUUCAGUAGCCUUUGGGCCUUUCAUCAAAAUGCGGUCGCGUAUAUCACUAUUAUUAUUAUUUUGUGUUUGUGCAAUUUCAUUACCAACAUCAUUAUCCUGCCAGGAUGUCGAACAACGCUUUAAGUUCCCCAAUUCAGAGAUUUAUAUUAAAUUGGUGCGUUCUCAGAAACUUCAGUAUGCUAUUAUGAAAGGAAGUAAAACCUUGCAGACAGUUACCCUUGAUAACUUUAAAACAAACAAUAAUUUCGUAUCAAAUGGCAAUGGAAGUUUCACACUAUCUUCGACGGAUUCGAAUAUUCUAUUCGAAUUGGUAUCCAGAUCCAAUCAAGUAACGCAUUUAAAAGUUUCAAGAAACUUUGUUGCCCGUUCCCAACAACCCAUGGAUUGUAUUGAUUUAAAUAUUGGUCAAACCCAUUGGUUUGGUGGACCACAAGAUCGUCAUCAAUACUGGCCAGUAGAACGACUUAAGUUUACUAACUACUCCUAUUUAACCAAAGAGGAUCACAAUGCAGGUAUUGCAGAACGUUACUGGUUGAAUUCGCGUGGUGUUUUCUUCUACGUCGAAGAUCAAACACCUUUGUUUAUUGAACAAAAUUCUGCCGGUUAUGAGAAUCAAUUGUGCUUCAGUGCUCAAACUCGAUUACCAUAUAGCUCGACUUUAAAGAGUACAACAUUCCGAUAUCAGAUAGGUAUCGGCAGUGAUGCCAAGGUCGCUCAUAUGUAUGCAGUCAAGAAUAUUCUUGGAAUACCAACAGGACAUCCAGAUGAACGCAUGGUUCAGUAUCCAAUUUGGUCAACAUGGGCUCUUUACAAAGCUGAAAUCAAUGAUACUAUCGUGAGAGAAUUCGGAAACAAAAUAUUGCAAAAUAAUUUCAAAAACAGUCAACUUGAAAUCGAUGAUGACUGGGAAGAUUGCUAUGGUGCUUUGACUUUCCGUAAGAAUAAAUUCCCAAAUAUCAAACAACUCACUGACGACCUUAAAGCUCAAGGAUUUAGAGUGACCUUGUGGAUACAUCCUUUUAUUAACAAGAAUUGCACUGCCACAUAUAAUGAAGCUCUACAAAAGGGCUAUCUUGUUUUGGAUCGCAAUGGAAGUCCAGACACUCAGUGGUGGAAUAGUAAAGCAAAAGAUGCAGCUUACAUAGACUUUAGUAAGUCAGAAGCAGUAAAUUGGUAUUUGACUAGAUUGAAGCGUUUGCAAACAGAAGAUGGUAUCGAUAGUUUCAAAUUUGAUGCUGGAGAAAGUAGUUGGGUACCGUCAGAUCCCGUUUUACAAGGACCUGAAGAUUUCCUACCAAGUGCCAUCACUAGAGAUUAUAUUAAAGCUGUAUCAACAUUUGGACCAUUGGUUGAAGUAAGAUCUGGACAAGGUACCCAGAAUCUACCAAUAUUCGUACGAAUGAUUGACAAAGAUUCUGAAUGGAACUGGAGCAAUGGUCUUGUCACAUUGAUUACUACUUUGUUGCAACUGAAUAUGAAUGGAUAUCCGUUUGUGUUGCCCGAUAUGAUUGGAGGCAAUGGUUACAAUAAUAAACCACCAUCGAAAGAACUGUUCAUUCGAUGGUUGCAAGCUAAUGUAUUUAUGCCAAGUUUACAAUUCUCAUUUGUCCCAUGGAACUUUGAUGAUCUUGAAACAAUUUCAAUCAGUCAGAAAUUCUGCGAUUUACACAGUCAAUAUACACCGCAAAUAAUGGAGCGAUUCAAACUUGCAACAGAAACUGGUGAGCCUGUUAAUCCACCAUUGUGGUGGGUUGAUCCUGAGGACAAAGUUGCACAAGGAAUUUAUGAUGAAUUCCUCCUGGGAGACAAGAUAAUUGCAGCACCAAUUGUUGAGGAUGGAGGUAGAAUUCGUGAUAUAUACUUACCCAAAGGUAGUUGGAAGGAUGGAAAUACCAAUACCGUUUAUAAGGGUCCCAUCUGGAUAAUGGAUUAUCCAGCACCACUUGAUGUGCUUCCAUAUUUUAUUCGUCAAGAUUAAAUUUAAUAAAAAAAAAAUAAUGUUCUAAUUAUUUAAUGAUAAUAAUGAUUGUUUUAAUCGUAGUAUAUAAAUGUAAUAAAAUUGUAUUAAAAAUAUAAAAA